UAAGCAAGGCUACCGGCGGUGGUAGGUGAUCGCACAGCGCGAAGAGUUGGUGAAGGAGCGCCUCGUUAAAUUCCGAGCCCUUUUCCCCAACUACCUCGCAGGAUCUGAAGGGCGACGACGACGACUAUGGAAACGGCGCCGGAGAAGCCGUCGCCAUUCGGUAUCCUCUCGUCCUUCCUCCUCAGCGCCGACGGCUCGCCGCCGGAGACCCGGAUCGGCAUCGCCCUUGCCACCUCGGUCGCGCUCCUCCUCAGCUUCGUCUUCUUCGUCUUCGUCCGGAGGAGCCCGGGAGAAAAGGUCGAGCCGCCGAAGCACUUGUCAGUGAAGACGGACCGCGACGCGGAUGCGGAGGACGACGGGAAGAAGAAGGUCGUCGUGUUCUUCGGCACGCAGACCGGCACCGCCGAGGGGUUCGCCAAGGCGCUUGCGGAGGAAGCCAAGGCGCGUUAUGUGAAAGCAACCUUUAAAGUCGUCGAUCUCGAUGAUUAUGCCGCCGAUGACUAUGAGUAUGAAGAGAAGAUAAAGAAAGAGAAUUUUGCAUUGUUUUUCUUAGCUACGUAUGGAGAUGGGGAACCUACUGAUAAUGCUGCUCGCUUCUACAAAUGGUUUACAGAGGGUGAAGAGAAGGGCAAGUGGCUCAAUAAUCUUCAAUACGCUGUUUUUGGCUUGGGCAACAGGCAGUAUGAGCAUUUCAAUAAGGUUGCCAAGGUUGUGGAUGAGAUUCUUGCCGAUCAGGGUGCAAAGUGUCUUAUUCCUGUGGGUCUUGGAGAUGAUGAUCAGUCUAUUGAGGAUGACUUUAAUUCAUGGAAAGAGCUUCUAUGGCCAGAGUUAGAUCAGUUGCUUCGAGGCGAUGAUGAUGCUUCCGGUGCAACUACUCCAUAUGUUGCUGUUAUUCCUGAAUACCGGGUUGUUUUUAUCAACCAUGAAGAUGCUACUCACCUGGAGAAGAGUUGGAGUCUUGCAAAUGGUCAUGCCAUUCAUGAUAUUCACCAUCCAUGCAGAGCUAAUGUGGCUGUGCGCCGAGAGCUUCAUGCCCCAGCUUCAGAUCGGUCUUGCAUCCACAUUGAGUUGGAAAUUGCCGGCGCCAGUCUUACGUACGAAACUGGAGAUCAUGUAGGUGUAUUUUCAGAAAAUUCCAUAGAGACUGUUGAAGCGGCAGAAAGACUGUUAGGCUAUCCAUUAGAUACUUAUUUCUCCAUCCAUGUUGACAAAGAGGAUGGUACACCAAUUACUGGUGUCUCUUUGCCAUCUCCUUUUCCAUCUCCGUGCACCUUGCGAACUGCACUUAUUCGAUAUGCUGACCUUCUCAAUUCACCCAAAAAGAGUGCUUUACUUGCAUUAGCUAAGUAUGCAUCGGACCCCAAUGAAGCAGAUCGUCUUAGAUUUUUGGCAUCUCCUGCUGGAAAGGAUGAGUAUUCUCAAUGGAUUGUGGGUAGUCAGAGGAGCCUUCUUGAAAUUAUGGCUGAGUUCCCUUCGGCAAAACCUCCACUGGGAGUUUUCUUUGCUGCAAUAGCACCCCGCUUGCAGCCAAGAUAUUAUUCAAUAUCAUCAUCUCCGAGGAUUGCACCAACUAGAAUUCAUGUGACAUGUGCAUUAGUGUAUGAGAAAACACCAACAGGAAGAAUUCAUAAAGGUGUCUGUUCAACUUGGAUGAAGCACUCCGUGCCAAUAGAAGAGACUCAAGAAUGCAGCUGGGCUCCGAUCUUUGUUAGACAAUCAAACUUCAAGCUUCCUACAGAUGCUUCUGUUCCAAUCAUUAUGAUUGGCCCUGGGACAGGGUUGGCACCAUUCAGGGGGUUCUUACAGGAAAGACUGGCCCUCAAGGAGACUGGAAUUCAACUUGGACGUUCUAUUCUCUUCUUUGGAUGCAGGAAUCGUAAGAUGGAUUACAUCUACGAGGAUGAACUGAAACACUUUGUUGAAACUGGCGCACUUUCUGAACUUAUUGUUGCAUUCUCCCGUGAGGGUCCAACAAAGGAAUAUGUCCAGCAUAAGAUGGCUGAAAAGGCUUCCGACAUCUGGAAUAUCAUCACUCAGGGUGGCUAUAUUUAUGUCUGUGGUGAUGCUAAGGGCAUGGCUAGAGAUGUUCACAGAUCUCUUCAUAAUAUUGUCCAGCAACAGGGAUCUCUUGUUAGCUCAAAGACUGAAAGUAUGGUUAAGAGCCUGCAAAUGGAUGGACGAUAUCUAAGGGACGUCUGGUGAAAACACUUGGGUAGUUGGGUUGUUUUUCUUUUCCUUCCAUUCGAAAUUAUCGUCAUGCAGCAGUCCCAGUUUUGAUAGCUUUCUUUUUCACUAGUAGUUAAUACAAAGAUUUACCUAUCCCUUUUCCCAGUCUCAGUUUACUACAUAAGCUCUCCUAUUCUAUGCUUUAACCAUCUGGCAUGGAAAUUGUGUUUCAUGUAAUAUAUAAAUAAUAACUUAGUGAAGGAUAUGAACACUUUGAUGCUU